CCUUGGGCAAAGCGUGUUGUUGAGCGCGCGAGGAGCGCUAUUAUCGGUUUUCGAUCAUUUGUGAUCGACAUUGAUCCGCGAAGGCCUCGUCUCCUCUUCGGGAGCGGUUUGCGCCGCUGAAAGCGACGCCAGCGCAAGAGGGGCCUAGGGCAGCGAGAAUGGCGGCGGACCCUCUCCUCAAAGCCGCUGCAGCGGGAGACGUCGCGCGCCUGAGACAGCUCGUCGCCAAUGGCGCUAACUUGAACGCGUGCGAUCCGCCGCUCGUGGAACUCGCUAUCCAGAGAGGGAAACCGGAGGUCAUCAAGUGCCUGAGCGAACUGAACGCGCCCAUGCGCCCCUGCGGCGUGCCGUUGGCGAUGCUCGCUCUCGUCGCGAGGACAGAAGAGGCGGGCGUGGCGGACCCGCGCGUCGUCAUUUCAGUCCUCGCGGCCCUCCGUGACGCGGGAGUAGACCUGGACGGAAGUUCUGGCGGUGGCACCGUCCUGCGCCAAAUACUCGAUGAUACGGUGAUAGCAGCGAGUAUUUCUUUCGAUGCGUCGCGGGCGGCGCGCGGCGCGGACGCGAGGCGUCGACCCACUGACGUAACCCACUGGCAAAUGGAUGGGACUGUCACGACGAAAAAAACGUGGUGGACGAUGGAGGCGCGCCUAGCAGUUGCGCAGUGGCUGCUCGAGGCUGGCGUGGACCCGGACGGGGGAUCAGAACUUUCCCCAGGCUUUACGUGCGCGAUGUGCGGCAACCUAGACGGGCUGAAGCUGUUGCGAUCGCACGGUGCGGACCUGUCGAAGCCGUCGCGGGUAACUGACUCCGGACCGGCCCGUUCGGUCGUUUUUGCGGCGCUUGUCCGGGACGCGAAACACGUCGUCAGGUGGCUGUCGAAGGAGUGCGGCAUCGUGCCGACCAGAGCUGACUUGGCCGAUGCACUCGCGGAGCGGGAGCACUACUCGGUCAAGACGGAUACGACCGGCGGGCGGACGUACGCGCUGGCGCGGCUGUGCGGCUACUGCGGGCGAACGGGCGCGACGCAGCAGUGCGGCAAGUGCGGCAAGCUGGGCCCGCGCUUCUGCGACCGGGCCUGCUUCAAGCGGGCGUGGAAGAGCCACAAGCGGGUCUGCGGCACGGACGCCGGGAAGGACCGCGAGCCGCUCCUCGUCGAGCUGACCGCGGCCGUGUUCACCGGCGACGUCGCGGCCAUCGAGCGACUCGUCCGGGAGGACAAGGUGCCGGUCGACGCGGACAUCUCGCACAUCACGGGGGACUCGUCGACGAACCGCCGCGCGGUCCAGAAGUCGCAAGAAGAUGAAAAGAACGACCCGCUAGCGAAGCAGGGCUUCUCGGUGGGGCACGACAAUUCGGCGUGCAUGGGCGCGGAAACGGCCCUACUGCAGGCCGCGUUCUUCACGCCGGGCCCAGUAAUGAAAAAGAUCCUGCAGGGCAUCUUUCCCGACUGGAGCCCGGCGCGCAAGCGCCUCGUGAAGGGCUACGACUCGGCCAAGGUCAUUAGAUGCCUGGCGGCGCUCGGCGCGGACCUCGAGCGGCGGACGACGCUGGACGACUACAAACUGACGGCCGUGCACGUCGCGAACCGCUCGAACAACCUCGAGGGUCUCUCCGCGCUCGCGGCCGCCGGGUCCGACAUGAACGCCAAAACUGGGUUCGACGGCUCGUCGCCGGUGCACCAGGCGGCGAUUAUCUGCCCGCUCUCGACGAUGCGGCGACUGGUCGCCCUGGGCUGCGACGUCGACCAGGUAGAUAACUACGGUCGCUAUCCGAUCCGCGUCGCCGUGGAGGAGGGGCGCGUGGACAUCGUCGAGUGCCUGGCGGAAGCGGGGGCCCACGCGCCCUGGCCCAUGCUGCAUGACCUGGCCCAGUGGCACCCGGUCCUCGGGCACAACGGCAAGCGCGAAGUCACCCUCAAGUGCCUCGACCGGCUCAGCAUGCGCGCCCGGGGCAAGCCCGCGUCCGCCGCGAUGCCCGAGGCGAUGUUGCGUGAGGGGAUCAAUGCGAUGAUGCAUCCCCCGACGGCCGGCCUUGUGCACGCACGCCAAUGGGCCAGCCAGCUGGCCCAGGUCGACGGGGCAUCCGUCGCGCAUCUCCGGCGCUUGAUCAAGGUGGCCGGCGGCAACGACCGCGGCUGCUUCGAGAAGAGUGAGCUGCGUGAGCGGGCGCGGGAGCUCCUCUCCGCGAAAGUCGCGGAGGCGGAGGCCUCCGCCGCGACGCCGGCUGACUCGUGA